AUGGCAUUCAACAUCCGCAACUGUAGCGAUACUUUCUAUGUAUGGGAUCCCAAAACCACCAAGUAUGCAGUGACGCAUGUGAUUGAUGCCUUUUCCCUGUACCAGAUGGCCAUCGCUUCCGUAGAUGCUUCAGCUCAGAGCACAGUGACACUGCUGAGGGAUGGUUGGAUCCGGGCGCUCGAGUUGUUGGCCGAGGGCUCGAUGGUCAUGCAUUAUGAGCCAUGUGCGCCGGCUGAUCCCACGUACCCUUCGACAGAGUUCAGCGAUGAUGAACAGCCUCCGGAGGAUAGGCCCGUAAGAGUGGAGGAUCUACACCGGGCCACAUCCGUCUUAGACGACAUGCCGAUCUCUGUGGCCCAAAAGAUCAAACAGAAGGAGGAGCAACGACCAAGCGAUCGCUCAACCCGGCGGAAGCUGGACGCAGAAAAUUCCUUGAUCCGGGCUACAGUGGCAUCCUCAUCGGCGGUGAACCCGCCCUUGACUUCAAUAAGACUAAAGAGGGAUUUCUAUGAGACAGCAUUCAAGUCAACGCAAGAGCAUCUGAAGAAGAUGAAGACAAAGCUUGAGAAAAAGGAGGCACUUGCUGUGAUGCCGGUGAGGGAUUGCGAGAUCAGUGAAGAGGCGGAGAAUCCGAAGUCGACGUGUUUGCUGUGCCCAAUGUGCAUGUAUGAUGAUCAAGGCAAUUCUCAUGAGGUCUCGCACGACAUGUACGUGGUCGACAUGCUUCGAGAAUGUCAUCCCAUUCAUGCCGACUAUGACGCGCUGGAGGCAGGAUGGCCUCCCGAUGGUAUUGAUGACCUCAGCGACUAUAUCGCGGCAAACCUUCCUGGUGAAAUGUCGCUUCGAUUGAGUGGUGAGAAAGAUUGGCUACACGCUCCAUCUCAACGGGAGCUGUGCACAUGGAGGGUCCAUCUACAACCUCGCCACUACAUGUUUGUCCCGGGUUCGUUCCUGAUGAGGGCCAUCAACAAGAUGCUCGAGCCAUUCCUCCAGAAAUACCCGGUCUACAAGGCCUGCGAGCUACUCAAGCGCGAUACUCACACCGCAGGCAACGAAGGAGUACCUCGUGGACAACAUCUACUGGAAGGGCUGGAAUGCUUCAGUGCACAUGAACCAGAUUUGGAGAGGACUCGCUUCGUGACCAUGGAUCCGGUGCGAGAUCAUCCGGUUCUUGCCAGCUGGAUGCAGGGCCGAGCGGCCGCAGAAGAUAGGCGGCGGCAUCUCAAGGCCGAAGCAUAUCAGGUUCUGGUGUCAGAAGGGCAAGCUUCGCAGUUGAUCGACCCCGCGUUGGAGAUCCCGUCCACAUCCUCCUGUCGGAUGGACUUGGCCAUGGAAGUCUUGGAAUGUUUUCAGGCAUUUGAGUCUGAGGCAACUGCAGCAUUGGCGGCUACGACCGCUCAUCCUGACCCUCGUGGCCUACUGGAGUUGUGUUCGACUGAGCACCUGCCGCUGGUGAUUGAAGCGGAUGUGGACAAACCCGAGACGGGUGACUAUGCCACCGAUGGACCUACAGCCAGUUUGGUUGUUCACAACUUCCUGCGCUUCCUGGCAGCGCAGUUCCACUGGCGCAUGCACUUUGCUGACAUUUCUGCGGCAUUCUUGCAGGGUGACUAUCUCCCAGAGGGCCAGAGAGUUUUUGUCCAAUCUCCCAAGAGCUAUCCGCUCUUUGUUCGCCAAUUCCUGAUGACCAAGGUUCCUGCUGGAGCACGCACUGACCUUUUCCGGAUGAAGAAGGCCGGAUUUGGACUUGCAGAAAGCCCUCGGCUAUGCUACCAGGGUUUCAGCAGAGAUGUUUCAGGCAUUGGUGGCAAGGAGCUGCGUUUGGAGGCCGAAAAGGAGUUGUGGCCCAAGCUCAAGGAUCUGUUCACCUUCGCCGAGUGGGUGCAUCCGAAGGAAGACACCAGGUUCUGUUGUAGAUGGGAGAAACAGAAUGAGGACUUUUCCGUCACCAUCCAGAUGAACGAAUAUGCCAAGAAGGUGGAAGAUCCUCCACAGAGGUCAAACUCUCAAAGCCGACAACCAGUGAUGCCCAAUGAGCGAGCAUGGAUUGGCGCCAUGAUUGGACAACCGAGUUGGCUAGCCAGGCAAGUGCGAGCAGAUCUUCUAUAUGGGUGCGCGCGACUUCAACAGCUGGCUGGCAUCAACGACCCGGCAGCGCUGACUGAAUUGAAGAUUCUUGUUGACCGAGCCCGUGAACCACAUUUUCAAGUCUUCAGGAACCUGGCGGUCUUCGAUGCUUCGUUCGGAGGCAUGCCGAAGGGUCGUUCUCAAGGUGGAUUGGUCCUGCUGCUGGCGAGCCCUAAGAUCCUGGAGGGUGAGGCUCCUGCUUGCGCGUUGGCCUUUCAUUCAGGCCUACUGAAGCGGGUCGUCCGCUCGUCUUUGGCGGCAGAGAUGUCGCAAGCUGCGACAGCGAUGGAAGAAGCUGACUUCCUCAGCUCUCAUCGGUGUCGAGAUGGAGACAGGCGAGGAAAUCCUGGCAGCAAGCUGGUGGCGGUCAUGGAGAACGGCACCUGGGCGCUCAAGGACACCGAAGAGGCCAAGCGUCUACGGGCGGAUGCUGCGGUGCACCUACCGGAGACGCCGGGCACUAGCUCCAUAGGGGGCUAG